UCAGUCCAACGAGUCAGUCAGUAAACGGAGAGAUCCACUGCUGCUGCUUGGCCAUUCCCAGAUGCAGCCACAGAAACUAGUUCACUGUAGGAAUCCAGAUCACCGGAUUACACUUUUCUGCUUGGAAGUGGAAGUUUUUAACAUGAGAGGGAAACGUUUUCUGCUUCAUGCCACAGCACUAAACUGAGUCUUUUUUUUUUUAGUUCCAGCACUGUUAUUAUUAUUAUUAUUUAUCUUCAUUUCUAUAAGUUUGGACGCAUGGACUGAUCAUAAGUUUUCACCUUUCUUGGAAUAAUGAGUGACUCCUCCUGGAUUCAUAUUUAUUUGUGGAUUUAACAGUUGUUUUUAGAAAAAAGAUUGCAUAUGGUACAUUUUACAGAAAGCUAUGGAAUUUUCUUUUCGAAUUCACCUUUUUACAGCUUUUGUCUCCUGUAUUAAGGUUUAUGCUCAAGUGGUACCUGCGAAGCAUCCAGGCCUGCAGGUGUUGGCCACGGCCUCGCAUUACUGGCCUCUCGAUGCUGUGGACGGAAUCCAAGAGCUGUGGGACCAGAUUGGAAACAGACCAGGUUAUGUUAACGGAAGUAACAUAACUCUCAGAAUCCACAACCACACUGUGCUCCCUUCCUCCCAUAACUCUUCCUAUGUGUAUACCAAUGACUCUGCCUACACUAACAUUUCUGCGACAGUAGAUAUUGUUGAAGGGAUGGUCAACAAGGGCAUCUUUCUGAACGGAGACAACGGCGGCACCUUUCUCCACUUUGGAAACUACCAGAACUCUUGUAUUAGUGACCCUACUUGGUGUGGCCCCGAGGGGAUUACAUUCUCCUUUUUUUGGAAAAACCACGAGUUGGAGUCCCGUUUUGCUGUCACCUCUGGAGGGAAAGUCAUCUCCAAUGGCUUCUCCGUCUUCACCAAUCCCUUUGGAGGAUACGUGGAGUUUUACACUCGAGGCAACAACCACAGAUGGAAGGCCAACAUCAGCGUUCCAGGGCCUUACUGGACCCACAUUCUUUUCACAUGGACAAAAAAGGAUGGUCUGAAGGUCUACAUCAAUGGGACCUUCACUGCUGGUGACACAUACGGCAACGUCUCAGCGAACUAUGGAGACCCCCACCCUGACCUCGUCAUUGGAACUGGCAACGACAGGGCAUAUGGCCACUAUGUGACAGGGGCCUUCGAUGAGUUCGUCAUCUGGGAAAAGGCCCUUUCAGCUAAGGACAUCUUCCUCUACUACAGCGCAGCCAUAGGCCAGGCCAUAGUUUCUGCCACAACACCCGGAGUCUCCAAAGAAGUCACUUCAACUGCGCCAACACUCAGCGCCACUGAAGUGAGUCCUCCUGUCGUCAGCGGUCAGCGUGAGGAGGUCCAAGGCUCCCAGGACCCGGAGUCCCUACCGGUGUUGGGUUUCCUGAAGGCGCUGCCCAAUAGGACCAUUCCUCACAACACUGCCAACAACCUCACACAGGCUUUUCUCAAAAGUGUGGAAGAAGUGCUGUCCUCUCCGGGGCUGCCAGAGCAGCAGUCCAGUCCUGUGGUCAGUGGUCUGAUCGAAACCGUGGACAGAGUGAUGGAACACAUGGUGACUAACCUGGAGCCCAGCCCGAACUCCCUCAUCUCCUUGGGUGGAACAUCUUUUGUUGCAGAUUACUCUCUGAUGAAAUUCCCGCAGAACUACGACCUGUCACAUUACCGCUUCCCCACGCAAGGCAAGAGUUACAUCUCCGUGCCUGGAGAGGCUUUCACCAUGCAGUCUCAAACCACCAUCGUUGGCCUCUUCUACCACAACAUGCACAACUACUACAAAGAGAUCAGCCCCGUCAAGACGAGGAUAAACGAAGCUUCUGAUUACAAGGAUCACAAGAUCCAGGUAGCAAGCAGUCUGAUCUCUCUGAAAGUGGAGCCUUCGCCGGCCCUGUCGAUCAACCUCUCUGGAGCGCCACUCAUCAAGAUCGUCCUCACCCACAUCCUGACUAAAGAGCAGCAAGAGCAAGUCCUGAAUCAGAGCAACAAAGUCUUCCUCUACUGCGCCUUCUUGGAUUACAGUUCAAAGGAGGGAGUAUGGUCCAACAAAGGUUGUGUUCGCUCAGAUGGAAACAUGACGUACUCUGUGUGUUUGUGCAACCACCUCACCAACUUUGCCAUACUCAUGCAAGUGGUGCCCUUAAAGCUCACUAUUGGCCACAGGGUGGCACUAUCAACCAUUGGUUAUGUCGGCUGCUCAAUUUCCAUCAUCUGUCUUGCCGUCACUCUGGUCACUUUUGCAGUUCUGUCGUCAGUGAGUACCAUCCGUAACCAACGUUACCACAUCCACGCCAACCUGUCCUUCGCCAUCCUGGUGGCUGAGAUAUUACUGCUCAUCAGUGCUCGCUUCGAACCGGGCACGCUGCCUUGUAAGAUCAUGGCUGUCCUGCUUCACUUCUUCUUCUUGAGCGCCUUCGCCUGGAUGCUGGUGGAGGGCCUCCACCUCUACAGCAUGGUGGUCAAGGUGUUCGGCUCUGAGGGCAGCAAACACUUCUACUACUACGGCAUCGGCUGGGGCUCUCCACUGGUAAUUUGUGUGGUGUCCAUGACAUCGGCUCUGAACAGUUACGGCGAGGUUGACAACUGUUGGCUGUCACUGACGAAUGGAGCCAUCUGGGCGUUUGUGGCACCGGCUCUGUUUGUCAUUGUGGUGAACAUUGGCAUUCUGAUAUCCGUGACCAGGAUCAUCUCUCGAAUCAGCGGAGAGAGUUAUAAGAUUCAUGGAGAUGCCAAUGCAGUCAAGCUGACUGCAAAGGCUGUGGCUGUGCUCCUGCCUAUACUCGGUAUUUCCUGGAUCUUUGGCGUUCUCGCCAUCAACUCACACUCUCUGCCGUUCCUGUAUAUUUUUGCUGUAUUCAACUCGUUACAAGGGUUCUUUGUCUUCUUGUUUCACUGUCUUCUCAACUCUGAGGUCAGAGCUGCUUUCAAACACAAAACCAAGGUGUGGUCUCUUACCAGCAGCUCCAUCCGAAACAUCAAUGUGAAGCCAUUCAACUCUGACAUUAUGAAUGGAAACAAGGAGGGCGUGACUCCCACCAAGAUGAACACAUGGGACAAAAGCACCAACUCGGCCAAUCGUAUCGACCUCUCCGCCGUGUAGAACCGUUUCCGUCUGCGGCAGGAGAGCAAUCCGAAGCUCACUAGUGUAGAAUGACAAACACUGGCCAGAGUAUUCUCCCACUAUGUUAUGUAAUGAAUUGGGCACUCAUCCGCUCAUGUGAAAGCGAUACCAAAGGAGGUGUUGUGUAGCUUCACCUUUAAAGACAAACAGACUCUAAGGACUGUGCCUUAUUAUUGUCUCCCAAAAACAAGAGCAGGGAUUUCCGAGGAGGUCAGUGAGAGUCUUAACAUCCAGUGAGUGCAGUUCAGGGUCUGGCAACGACGCUCUGUGUAGUGGAGCGUCUAGAUUUGACUGUUGCAUGGUCCAUCUGUAUAUUACAGUUGAUUUACUGACUGGCAACAGAAUAGUUUGACAUUUUGGGAAAUAUGCAAAUUUGUAUUUCUCGCUAAGAGAUGAAAAGAUUGAUACCAUACAUGCCUAUUCAGUAAAUAUGACGCUACCGCCACCAGCUGGUUCGCUUAGCUUAGCACAAAGACUAGAAACAGCUAGCCUGUCUCUGUCCAAAGGGGACAAAAUCUGCCUGCCUGCACCUCUAAAGCUGAUUAAUCAACAUGUUAUAUUUCACUUAUGUAAUCUUCACCAAAACAGAAGUGU